UGUCAUUUUAGAUGUAGAUUUUUUAUAGUAGUGAACUAAAUUUCGCUUAUUUAAACUAUUUCGCGAAACAACGUUUACUUAGAAAAAUGGAACAGAAUACUAAGAAAACAUUUUAUAGGGUACGUGGACGAGACAGUAACGAACGUCUGCAUUCUCCGCUACAUGAAACUACUCAAAAAUUAAACAAAGCCUCUUCUAAAAAGGCAUCCGUAAAAGGAAAACCGUCAAUUUCUUCAAAGUCGUCGGCGGAGAGUAGAACAUCGACACGUUCAGGUUUUUCAGCAACAAAAAAAGCAAGAUUUUCUGAGACGUUAGAAGAUAAACUGCUUAACUUUCCACACUUACAGAAGGAAAAACAUGUACAGAAAGAUGUCGAAACAGCAGAAAAAAAAGAUAACAAUGAAGAAGUCUCUGAGAGAGAAGGACAGAAAGACAUGAAAGACGAUACGGCAACAACUAACUCAGAUCAGCAACAGGUCACUGAAGUGGAAACACAACAUAAAGAAAAAAAACCAAACGUCAAGUACGAGGAUUUAUUGAAACCAAAAAAAGAUAUAGCAAGAGGCAAAUUAAUAAGUGAAGCAGACAGGCCCAAACCAAAAACGCAAGAAGAAAAAACAACCGAAGAUUCAAAGACGGAUAAGGAGAAACUUCUAUCGCUGGCAAAAAAAGAUUAUUUGUCAAUAGAAAAUGAUAACCAAGACAGAAACAAAAUUUCUGAAUUAAAAGAAUUAAAAUUUGACACUAAGAUCACAAGAAAAGGAUCUGUAAUUCAAGAGACAAAAUUUGCACCCCAAGUUGGAAUGUCUUUAUCAUUAACAUUAGACAAAAAAGCGAAAUAUGAUUCUUUUGAAUUAGAUGAAGAGUCAACAAUGCUAACUUCUGAGGACUCAACUGACAAGAAAUUAAGGUUCGAAGAUGAUGAUCUAGCUGAAAAGAAAGAAAUAUCUAAAGGCAUGAGGUUCGAAUAUGGACAAUGUCCAAAAACUUGUGAAAGGUUUCUAAAUAUUGAAGACUAUGCAAAAAUAUUUGUAGAUGACAUUGCUGAAACUGCAAUGACCAAAGAAAAAAAUGCUGCUCGCCAAUCGUCGACGAAAGUAGUUGAAGGAAUUGAAUACACUGUUCACGACAGUAAUGAAAGUUCAACGAUUUCAAGUAUUGGCACGUACGUAUGCAUUUUGGAGUGGCCUACCAUUGAAGAAUUUACGAUCCAAAUUGGUACAUAUAAAGUUAAUGAAUAUGUAUCAUACUGGAAAUUUGAAGAAAAGUGGAAAUACUGUGUUAACUACUUAGAGGGAAUUAGCGACAGUGUUUGUGACUUUUAUCGCUAUGAAGCAACUUUCAGUCUGCCGUGCAAGCAAUAUCCUAUUGCACAGGCUACAGCUAGUGUAUAUUUUACAUUUGAAGUUUCCAGAAUCAGACCUCCACAUUGUCUUGUUGAUAUGUAUUAUUGGUUUGAGGGGCAGAGAUCAAUACACAAACCUGGAAAUUUUACGUUUCAAGAAGAGCGAUUAUUUAACAUUGUUGAUGCAAAAAUUAAAUUUUACAAAACUUUAACAUUUUGAAAAAAUUGUAACUUUAUAAUACUACACUUUGGUCAUUCAAAUGCUGUCAAAAUAAAAUUUACU